CUGCAGGCCAUGGAGGGGAACCGGGAUGAGGCGGAGAAAUGUGUCGAGAUCGCCCGGGAGGCCCUGAACGUCGGCAACCGCGAGAAGGCCCAGCGCUUCCUGCAGAAGGCCGAGAAGCUCUACCCACUGCCCUUGGCCUGUGCACUAUUGGAAAUAAUUAUGAAAAAUGGAAGCACAGCUGGAAAUAGUGCUCAUUGCCGAAAACCAUCAGGAAGUGGUGAUCAAAGCAAGCCUAACUGCACAAAGGACAGCACAUCUGGUAGUGGUGAAGGUGGAAAAGGCUAUACCAAAGACCAAGUAGAGGGAGUUCUCAGCAUAAACAAAUGUAAAAAUUACUAUGAAGUACUUGGAGUUACGAAAGAUGCUGGUGAUGAAGAUUUGAAAAAAGCUUAUAGAAAGCUUGCUUUGAAGUUUCAUCCAGACAAAAACCAUGCACCUGGAGCAACAGAUGCUUUUAAAAAGACUGGAAACGCUUAUGCUGUUUUAAGCAAUCCAGAAAAACGAAAACAAUAUGACCUCACAGGCAAUGAAGAACAAGCUUGUAAUCACCAAAACAAUGGGAGAUUUAAUUUCCAUAGAGGUUGUGAAGCUGAUAUAACUCCAGAAGACUUGUUUAAUAUAUUUUUUGGUGGUGGAUUUCCUUCAGGUAGUGUACAUUCAUUUUCAAAUUGACGGGCUGGUUACAGCCAUCAACAUCAACAUCAACAUAGUGGCCAUGAAAGAGAGGAAGAAAGAGGAGAUGGAGGUUUUUCUGUGUUUAUCCAGCUGAUGCCCAUUAUUGUAUUGAUCCUCGUGUCAUUAUUAAGCCAAUUGAUGGUCUCUAAUCCUCCUUAUUCCUUAUAUCCCAGCUCUGGAUCAGGGCAAACCAUUAAAAUGCAGACAGAAAAUUUGGGUGUUGUUUAUUAUGUCAACAAGGACUUUAAAAAUGAAUAUAAAGGAAUGUUACUACAGAAGGUAGAAAAGAGUGUAGAAGAAGAUUAUGUGACUAAUAUUCGAAAUAAUUGCUGGAAAGAAAGACAACAAAAAACAGAUAUGCAGUAUGCAGCAAAAGUGUACUGUGAUGAUCAUCUCCGAAGGAAGGUGGACGCCUUGAGCAUGGACAACUGUAAGGAAUUAGAGCGGCUGACCAGUCUUUAUAAAGGAGGAUGAACUGGAAUUUUUAUGUAUACCUUUUUUGUUUUUUCUGUAAGUUUAGUAUCAUCAUGAGAGAUGAAGAAAAAGAUUUGAUAUUAAAAACUGAGCUGUUGGUUCCCAAAUCUUGGACUGUUUAUUACCCACUGGCUCCUUUAAAUAGUAAGAACUGAAAACUAAAAUUAAUAUUUUAGUUAUGCUUCUGCAGUUAUUCUCAUUUUCAAAGCUUAUAUGAUUCCUAACCAAAAAUGUCUGGAGAGAAGAUUGUCACACCUGUAGCAAUUUCCAGUUUUAGUGAUUCUCCAUUUUUCUUUCGUCAUGUAA